GUUUUGUUGGAAGAUUGCCCGUGUUCUUACACGCCCCUGUUACACAGACACUCCCUCCAGUUAAAUCGCGGAUUCGAAAAAAGAAAUUCUACACUUUGUCUAUCUACACAUCGCCGUUUCUCGUGCACUGUCAGCUUUCUGCCUCUACCACAAUCUCUCACUAUGGUGUCCCAUAAGGAGUUUGAGACUGCAGGAAAGGCUCCUGGUCUGCAGGUAUGGCGCAUUGAGAACAUGGACCUGAAGCCAGUGCCUAAGAACCUCUAUGGCAACUUCUAUACGGGCGACGCCUACCUCCUGCUGUACACCACCACCGCACCCUCGUACUAUAUACACAUGUGGAUGGGGAAUGAGUGUUCUCAAGAUGAAAGUGGAGCCGCGGCUAUCUUCGCCACACAGCUGGAUGACUUUCUCGGAGGCGGUCCCGUUCAGUUCCGUGAGGUCCAAAACAACGAGUCGCUCACCUUCGUGGGCUACUUCAAGUCUGGCAUCAAGUAUAAGCAAGGUGGGGUUGCCUCCGGCUUCCAUCACGUGGUGACCAAUGAUGUGGAUGUGAAGCGUCUGCUGCACAUCAAGGGCAGGAGGGCCAUCAGAGCCACUGAGGUGGAGAUGUCCUGGAGCAGCUUCAACAAAGGAGACUGCUUUAUUGUAGACCUGGGGAAGGAUAUUUAUCAGUGGUGUGGCAGCGACUGCAAUCGUUUUGAGCGUCUGAAGGCCUCCCAGUUGGCCAUCGAUAUCCGGGACAAUGAGAGGAACGGCAGGGCCAAGCUGAUCAUGGUGGAGGAGGGGGCUGAACCAGAGGCUCUGACUCAAGUUCUUGGGCCCAAAUCCAGCAUCAGCCCUGCAACUCCAGACGACGAGGAAGUGGAAAAGUCCAACAAGAAGAAGGGAGCAUUGUACAUGAUCUCAGAUGCCUCUGGCUCCAUGAAAACAUCUGUUGUUGCCCAGACCAGCCCGUUCAAGCAGGAGAUGCUCUCCCUCGAAGAGUGUUACAUCCUGGACAAUGGAGUAGAUAAGAAUGUGUUUGUAUGGAAAGGACCGAAUGCAAACACAUCUGAACGCAAAGCAGCUAUGAAAGCAGCAGAGCAGUUCAUUAAAGAGAAGAACUACUCUAGUAAAACACAGAUCCAGGUGCUGCCUGCAGGGGGCGAGACUACCCUGUUCAAGCAGUUCUUCUCUAACUGGAAGGACAAGGACCAAACCACUGGCCCUACCAAGGCCUACACCAUAGGCAAAAUAGCCCAUGUGGAGCAGAUACCUUUUGAUGCCUCAAGCCUCCAUAACAACAAGGCCAUGGCAGCCCAGCACAACAUGGUUGAUGAUGGCUCUGGAAAAGUCCAGAUCUGGCGUGUGGAGGGAGGGGACCGUGUCCCGGUGGAUCCCUCUACCUACGGUCAGUUCUUUGGGGGAGACUGUUACCUGAUCCUCUACAGUUACAAACAGGGAAGCAGGGAGCAGCAUCUCAUCUACACCUGGCAGGGGCUGAAGUGCACUCAGGACGAGCUGGCAGCUUCUGCCUUCCUUACUGUCCAGCUGGAUGACUCUAUGGGAGGAGCUCCAGUUCAGGUGCGAGUGACACAGGGUCAGGAACCCCCCCACCUGAUGAGUCUGUUCAAAGGCAAACCUAUGAUCAUUCAUAGUGGAGGCACGUCCCGCAAGGACGGCCAGACCAAGGCAGGCAGCACGCGUCUCUUCCACAUCCGACAGAGCUCUUCUAGAGCCACACGCGCUGUAGAGGUUGAACCAUCUGCAUCCAACUUAAACACCAAUGACGUGUUUGUGCUGAAGUCGCCAGAUUGUGUGUUUGUGUGGAAAGGAGCAGGUGCCAGCGAGGAAGAAAUGGUCGCUGCUAAGUAUGUCGUGACUGUGCUGGAUAAAAAAUCCACUGAUGUGGCUGAGGGUAAAGAACCAGCUGGAUUCUGGUCAGCUUUGGGUGGGAAGAAGGAAUACCAAACCUCUCCAACUCUAAGAAAUAUGGUCAAACCACCACGUCUGUUCGGCUGCUCCAAUAAGACGGGCCGGCUAGUGGUUGAGGAAGUACCUGGAGACUUUUCUCAGUCAGACUUGGCCACCGAUGAUGUCAUGUUGCUUGACACCUGGGAUCAGAUCUUUCUUUGGAUUGGUAAGGAAGCCAAUGAGGUCGAAAAAACGGAGUCACCAAAAAUAGCUAAGGAUUAUGUGGACUCUGAUCCUUCUGGACGUCGUGGGCUGGCCAUCACAACCAUAAAACAGGGGGCUGAGCCCCCAACCUUCACGGGCUGGUUCCAGGCUUGGGACGCUCAAAUGUGGGACACUGACCCUCUGGAGAGAAUCCGAGCUUCCUUUUAAACCCAGAACUGUUCUCUCUUCUUUUCAUUAUACAAACACUUCCUGUUCCUGUGCCAUAAAUUGCAGCUUUCCCAGAUUUUACACAAUUUAAAGACUGUUGAAAUGCCCAUCUCACUUAAAGGUGCACAUCGUAAUUUUUGUGUUGGCCAGUAUGGCAGUGGCCUUGGACAGCAAUUAGUUUUUAGUUACUGAUGCCCUUGUAAAAAAUGUUUGAUCACAGUCAGCCAUGAUUCAUUUAUUCAGUGAGUAAAACAGUCCAUUAAUAGGUGAUGUUUUGAGAUAAAGUGAGUAGUAUUUGGCUGUUGAUGUGAUCUCAACACAUCUGUCCUCAUGAGGCAACCCAUUUCAUGUUAAACAAAAACAGCUUAUUUAGUACUACUGAUUAUUUUAACUAUAAUCAAAAGUACUGUAAAAAGUAUUAAAAAAAAAGUUUAUAAUGAUGGAAAAUUACCUAUUGCACCUUUAAGGCUGAUAGAUUACAUAGUUUUAUUGAACCUACUCUAUUAAAAUGGAUUUUGUGAAUGUUUAGCUGUGUUCAACCAGAAUCAGCUAUCACAAUAGAAGAAAACCUGCCAAAACGAUUAGCACUCGUAAUAGUUGGAUUAGAGUUACAUUAUUUUACCCUUGUUAUUUUGUUGAAAGUCUUUUGACUAUUUAUUUCUGGUUGGCACUGCAAUUAUGACCUCCUAAUGUGUCAAAGUGUAUUAAAAAUGUGAGGAGAAAUUCUUUUACUUUUUUUUUUUUUUUUUUUACACACAAGCCAUUGAUAUAUUUUCAGCUUGUUCUUUGUGUUCAACUUCAUUAAAUUUUGAGAA